UUCACCUAUAGAUCCAUGACACGAGUGCGUGAUCAUGACGAUGAUUGUUUUGCUCCCCUUUUCAGCUUCAUCACGGCCAUCGAGCUGCUGGGCAACCCCGCGGAGAUGUACAGCCACGGCACCCAGUUCUGGAUGACGUGCUGCGCCUUCCUGAUCGUGGUCCCCGUGGCGUCGCACUGCUACGUGCCCGUGUUCAUGACGCUGCGCCUCACCUCCUCCUACGAGUACCUCGAGAUGCGCUUCAGCUGGACGGCGCGCCUGCUGGCCUCGGCGCUCUACGUGCUGCAGAUGGUGCUCUACACGUCCGUGGCCGUGUACGCGCCCGCGCUCGCCCUCAGCCACGUGACUGGGCUCAACACGUACGUGGCCGUGACGGUCGUGUACCUGGUGUGCGUCUUCUACUCGUCGCAGGGCGGCAUGAAGGCCGUCAUCAUGACGGACACCUUCCAGGCCGCGGUGCUCAUCGGCUCCAUCCUGCUCAUCCUGGGCAUCGGCGAUCACUUCCAGGGCGGCCCGUCCAUGAUCUGGGACUUGAACAAGAAGGCCGAGAGGAUAGAGUUCUUCAACGUGGACCCCAACCCCACGACCCGACACACGUUGUGGUCUGUAGUGAUCGGCGGCUCCUUCUACUGGCUGUCCAUGUUCUGCGCCAACCAGGCGUCCAUCCAGAAGUACCUGUCCGUGGAGAGCCUGGCGCAGGCGCGCAGCGCGCUGUGGGUCAGCGCCGCCUUCCUCAUCGGCAUCUUCACCGUCAACUUCUACACGGGCGCCAUCCUGUUCGCCGAGUACCGGGACUGCGACCCCGUGCGCAGCAACGCUUUUCUCCCCCCACGACAGGUGGCGAUCGCUACGAACGCGCUGGACACGGCCAUGGCCCCCACCUCCGUGGCGGGCUGCCCUUGCAUCAACGAGAGCUUCAGCGCCGCCGGCGGCACCGGUCACUUGAUGUCCCUCGUGACCGCCGUCGGCCAGGACGAACCGGAAGACAGUGUGUUCGCCCUGUACCGGCUGUCGUACCUGUGGUACACCAUGCUGGGCACCGUCGUCACCGUCGUCGUGGGACUGGUAGUGUCGGCGCUGACGACGCCCCAGGACCCCUGCACGCUGCACCCGGACCUGCUCGCUCCGCCCGUCAGGACGUUCCUCGCCGCGCUGCCCAACUCAAUCAAGGAGAUCCUCAACCUGCCUAUCGAGGUGAGUGUGCUCCUUGGUGUGCUCCUUUGGUGUGCUCCUUUGGUGUGCUCCUUUGGCGGCCUGAAUGGAUUGCUCACUGCCAUCUCGACUGUGGAUGGGAAUUCUAAUUUUCCAUAA